AUGGCUGAUUACAGAAGUCUGACCACCAAGAAUAUAACGAUUCCUGAAGUAAAGAAAAAAGCUUUGCUUGAUCUAAGAAAACGAACAGCUGAGCUUCAUAAGCGUUGGGGAGUCUCUGGCAAGCACAAAGCAAUUGGUUUACUGCAGAUUCCUGUUUUUAUUGCGCUCAUGGAGAGUUUGCGCGGGAUGAGUGGCAACAAUAGCGGGAUCAUUGCCUGGCUGUCGUCGUUCAUCGAGUCGCAAGAUCCUGCCUCUGCAGCUCAAUCUCUGCAUUUAACCAUGGAGCCCACCCUUGCAAAUGAGGGCGCCCUUUGGUUUCCGGACUUGCUGGCCGGUGACCCGACAGGCGUGCUGCCGCUUUGUCUAACUGCGUCGAUCUUGGGGAAUGUUCUGACCGGAUGGAAAGUCAAGCCCUGGAAGGAUAUCCAGCACCUUCCGAAGACCGAGAUGUAUAAGCAGGUCACUUUCACAGGCUUGCGGACCUUUAUUGUGGUUUUGACAUGUUACAUUGGCUUCGCCAGCUGGACUCAAGGGAUGCCAACUGCGCUUAUGCUCUACUGGAUCACUAGUACCAAUGUUGCUACGCUGCAGACUUGGGUGCUGGACAACAAGGUGUUUUCACCAGUGACAUACCAGCACUUCAUUGAAAAAUCUAUCGCUUUUGAGAAACCGGGUGACAAGGACCCUUUCCAGUUGAAAAACUUGCGUUGA